GGUUGGGUGGCCGCUAGAGGACACUCUGCCCAAAACCAUGAGUUCAGUGAACUUGCUUAGAUUUCCAAGUGAUGGCCGGGCAAACAAACGGCCGAUUAGCCUGAGGGCUAGUGCAGAAAGCCUGCAGGAUAAUUCUCUUUUGUAGCUGGACAGACAAAUACAUGUUUUAUCUUCUAUGGCAUGGAAUUUUAGGUGAAACCCCAAACCCAACGCUCUCCCCAAAUGCUAAAGUGACAGCGAAUCUGAACCAUGAAGGUUUAAAUGUCACUCUUGUCUUCUUUGCCACAUUAAUUAUUUGGUAGUGUACAGUGCAAAGGAGAUGUGCAGGAUGAUGGGAAGCUUUUAUUUGACCUGCCAGGUUAUGUGGGAUGGUCCUGUGUUGGAAAUUCCUCAAUAUAAAUCCUAAUGUGUGUUGCCUCCCUUGUGCUCAGCCCAUACAUUUAGGAUAUUGUGCAGUAAUAGCUUGAAACCUAAAGAUAAGCUGGUUUUACUGUAGCUUCUUCAUAAAGGUGAUUAAUUCUACUGGAAACAAAUCCUGCCUUUUGCAUCUCAAUUUUAUCUUCCAGUGGGGAGAAACAAAUGGAGAACUGCAUUUCCUACAGUUCAAACUCAGCUGAUUUCAUAUUUUUUACCCCUCUUCACCCCUCAGUUGCCUUGAAUUUCUCAAAAACAUUUUUCCAAAUGACAUUCUCGUUGAAAGAAAUUAUACUUGGUCAAAGACCUUUGAAAUGAAUCCGCUUUUACUCUGCCUGAGAGACUCUACAGGUUCCAGGGUGGGGUUUUGUCUUUAUUUGCAGGUUAUUUAUCUCUGUUAGUGAUCUCCCUUUUAAAAUCCCUCAUCUGUUACAUCCCAUGCCCACUCAAUGGUUGGAGGCAUAUUUUUGCUUGAUGUUGUAACUACAUGCAGUAGGAGACAGCCUCUAUCCUGAAAGUCUUAACAGCACCAUGCAUUUGACAGGCUGUUAGAUAAGACUCUCUCUUUGGUCUGCAGACGGUGCUAGGGCAAAAAAAAAAAAAAAAAAAAAAAGGGGAAAAAAAAGACAUAAAAACCUUGGCCCUGGAUCUUUUGCGUCCCAGCUCAGCCCUGGACCACGAGGUCAUUUUUUGGUUGCUGUCCAUGGAGAUGCAGUGUGCUUUCAGACAGAUGCCUGAGGAGAAGGUGAGGAGUUAACUUGCUGUUUAAAAGAAGCAACAAGGCAAAAAUAGAUGCAAAAGAAGUUUGUAUUUCAGCGCCACAAUCAGAGAGGGGUGGGGACAGUGUGAUCUCCAGUGAUGUGCAGAAUGGCAGAGAGGGUGGGCGGUUGGACUGUCAAACUGCCUUAAUUUAAUUGCAAACACAUGCUGAUGAGUCCCCUCCUCCUGGACCUCAGGGCUGGGAAACUUUUUUUUGUCAGCUCCCUGCAGCUCAGAAUUGAGGCAAAUACGCUCCAGCAAACACCAUGCUGAUCAAACCUUCAGUUCUUGGAGGCUUUUUGUAUUUUCUCCUCCUGCCUGGUUUCUCCUGCUCCUGCCCCAGCCGCUGCCUGUGCUUCAGGACUACAGUGAGAUGCAUGCAUCUGAUGUUGGAGACCAUCCCCGAGAUCCCGCCCCAGACAAACAUUCUAGAUUUACGCUUCAAUCAUAUCAAGGAGAUACAACCUGGAGCUUUCAGAAGACUGAAGAACCUCAACACACUGCUGCUGAACAAUAACCAGAUAAAACAAAUUGUGAGAAGAUCCUUUGAAGAUCUGGAGAACCUGAAAUACCUCUACCUUUAUAAAAAUGAAAUCCAGAGCAUCCAGCAACAUGCCUUCCGCGGGCUCCGUUCCCUGGAGCAGCUGUACCUGCAUUUCAACAACCUGGAAAGUCUGGAGCUGGAGACUUUUAGUGACCUGCCUAAACUUGAAAGGCUAUUCUUGCACAACAACAAGAUUUCCAGGAUUCAUCCAGGGACAUUCUCUCAACUGGAAUCCCUCAAACGCCUGCGGCUGGACUCCAAUGCUCUGUUCUGUGACUGUGACCUGCUGUGGCUGGCAGAGCUGCUGAAGCAGCAUGCAGAGCAGGGCAGCAUCCAGAGCGCGGCCACCUGCGAGGCUCCGCGGGACCUGCACGGCCGCUCCAUCGCCACCCUGACCGCCCAGGAGUUCAACUGUGAGAGGCCUCGAAUAACCUCAGAGCCCCAGGACGUCGAUGUGCUCCUGGGAAACACAGUUUAUUUCACCUGCAGGGCAGAAGGAAACCCAAAGCCUGCCAUUAUUUGGCUGCACAACAAUAAUAAGAUUGACAUGAAAGAUGACAACCGCCUGAACCUGUUGCAAGAUGGUACCUUGAUGAUCCAGAACACCAAGGAGUCGGACAAAGGCGUCUACCAGUGCAUGGCCAAGAACAUUGCUGGGGAGGUCAAGACUCAGGAAGUCGUGCUGCGCUAUUUUGGCACCCCAUCCAAGCCCACUUUUGUGAUCCAGCCACAGAACACUGAAGUUCUGGUUGGGGAAAGUGUCACCCUGGAGUGUGGGGUCUCUGGGCACCCCCACCCCCGCAUCAGCUGGACCCUUGGCACGGGCUCUCCUCUGCCACAGGAUUCCCGUUUCACCAUCACCAGCUCUGGAGGACUCUUCAUCCAGAACGUCACCUUCUCGGACCAGGGGCAGUACAACUGCAAUGCCAGCAACUCCGAGGGAUCCAUCCAGGCCACAGCAAGGAUCAUAGUGCAAGAUUCUCCCAGGUUUCUCGUCAUUCCCACGGAUCAGACAGUAACUGAGGGACAAAGUGUGGAUUUCCCCUGCUCUGCUGAGGGUCACCCUCCCCCAGUGAUUACCUGGACAAGGGCAGGUGGGCCCUUGCCGAGUGACCGGCGGCACAGCGUGCUGGCCACGGGCACGCUGCGCGUGGGGCGGGUGGCCCUGCACGACCACGGGCAGUACGAGUGCCACGCCAUCAGCGCCAUCGGCGUCAGGAGCCUCCCGGUGCAGCUCUCGGUGACCCCGCGAGUGAUCCCAGUGUUCCUCCAUCCCCCCCAAGACCUGGUGGCAGAGACAGGCCAGGACGUUUCCAUUUCCUGCGCUGCCCAGGGAGACCCUCGGCCCACCAUCACCUGGGUCAAGGAGGGCAUCCAGAUCACAGAGAGUGGCAAGUUCCACAUCAGCCAGGAUGGGACCCUCUCCAUUCAGGACCUGGGUGUGGCUGACCAGGGCAGAUACGAGUGCAUAGCAAGGAACCCCUUUGGCUUCACCUCGAGUGCCAUGCAGCUCACCAUCACCGCCACGGACGUGGGUCGGAGCGGGGACACGUUUGUGGCCACGUCGCUGCGCGAGGCCAUCAGCAGCGUGGACCACGCCAUCAACUCCACACGCACCGAGCUCUUCAGCAAGCGUCCCAAGACUCCCAAUGACCUCCUGGCUCUGUUCCGCUACCCGAGGGACCCCUACACCAUCGAGACAGCCAGAGCAGGGGAGAUCUUUGAAAGGACCCUGCAGCUGAUUCAGGAGCACGUGCAGCAAGGGCUGAUUGUGGACAUGAAUGUCACAGGCUAUCGCUACAAUGACCUGGUGUCCCCUCACUACCUGACCAUGAUCGCCAACCUGUCGGGCUGCUCCGCGCACCGCCGCACGCCCAACUGCUCCGACAUCUGCUUCCACAAGAAGUACAGGACCCACGACGGCUCUUGUAACAACCUCCAGCACCCCAUGUGGGGUGCAUCCCUCACAGCCUUCCAGAGGCUCCUCAAGCCUGCCUACCAGAAUGGAUUUAACCUGCCCCGAGGGUUUUCCUUGGCAGAAGAUGCCAGGGAUCUGCCCCUUCCUCUACCUCGCCUCGUCUCCACUGCCAUGAUCGGGACCGAGACCAUCACCCCCGAUGACCAGUUCACGCACAUGCUCAUGCAGUGGGGCCAGUUCCUGGACCACGACAUGGACCAGACGGUGGCAGCCAUCAGCAUGUCCCGUUUCUCAGACGGAGCCCCUUGCAGCGAGGUGUGCACCAACGACCCUCCCUGCUUCUCCAUCACUGUCCCCGCCAACGACCCCCGCGUGCGCAACGGGCGCUGCAUGUUCUUUGUGCGCUCGAGCCCCGUGUGUGGCAGCGGGAUGACCUCCCUGCUGAUGAACUCCGUCUAUGCCAGGGAGCAGAUCAACCACCUGACGUCCUACAUCGACGCCUCCAACGUUUACGGCAGCACGGAGCAGGAAUCGCGGGAGCUGCGGGAUCUGAGCAGCCAGAAAGGGCUGCUGAAGCGAGGGCAAGUUGUGCCCAGCUCGGGGAAGCACCUCCUUCCCUUUGCCGUGGGGCCACCCACGGAGUGCAUGAGGGAUGAAAAUGAGAGCCCCGUGCCGUGCUUCCUGGCGGGAGACCACCGUGCCAACGAGCAGCUGGGGCUCACGGCCAUGCACACAUUGUGGUUCAGGGAGCACAACCGCGUUGCCACCGAGCUGGCCGCCCUCAACCCGCACUGGGACGGGGACCUCCUGUACCACGAGGCGCGGAAGAUUGUGGGUGCCCAGAUGCAGCACAUCACCUAUGCCCAGUGGCUGCCCAAGAUCCUCGGGGAGGCUGGGAUGAAGAUGCUGGGUGAGUACAAAGGCUACAACCCCAACGUCAACGCGGGGAUUCUCAACGCCUUUGCCACGGCUGCUUUCCGCUUUGGGCACACCUUGAUCAACCCCAUCCUGUACCGGCUGAACGAGACCUUCCAGCCCAUCCGACAAGGCCACAUCCCCCUGCACAAGGCCUUCUUCUCCCCUUUCAGGAUCAUGCAGGAAGGGGGGAUCGACCCCCUCCUCCGUGGGCUCUUUGGGGUUCCUGGGAAAAUGCGGGUGCCCUCUGAACUCCUCAACAUGGAGCUGACAGAGAAACUCUUCUCCAUGGCACACUCUGUGUCACUGGACUUGGCUGCUAUCAACAUCCAGAGAGGGCGAGACCAUGGCAUCCCACCCUACAAUGACUUCAGGGUCUUCUGCAACCUCUCCUCAGCGCAAGAGUUUGAGGACCUCCGAAAUGAGAUAAAGAACUUGGAGAUCAGAGAAAAGCUCAGGAGUUUAUAUGGAACUACCAAAAAUAUUGACCUGUUUCCAGCUCUUAUGGUGGAGGAUCUUGUCCCUGGGACCAGAGUGGGACCAACAUUGAUGUGCCUGUUAACAACUCAGUUCAGAAGACUGAGGGAUGGAGACAGAUUUUGGUAUGAGAACCCCGGAGUGUUCACACCGGCGCAGCUGACUCAGAUCAGACAGGCGUCCCUGGCUCGUGUCAUCUGUGACAACAGUGACCACAUCCAGCAGCUGCAGAGAGACGUGUUCCAGGUGGCAUCAUACCUGCAGGGCAUGGUCAGCUGCGAGGAGAUUCCUGCCGUGGACCUCCGCCUGUGGCAGGACUGCUGUGAGGACUGCAGGACACGAGGGCAAUUCAGGGCUCUUUCGCAGCGGUUCCGAAGCAAGAGGUCUCCCGGCUUCAGCUACCCAGAGGAAAACCCUGCAAAGCACAAGCCUGCCUUGCCCAGAGAUGAGGCACCCUCUCCAAGCUCUUCCUCCAGAGAGAAUCUUGAGUCCCUUGUGGCUGAACUGGAGAAGACAGUCACUUCCCUACGGAAACAGGUGAAUGCACUAGAGAGCCAGCUGAGGUGGCACCACAGGAACACCAGCACACGUGGACAGGGCAAGAAGAUUGGGGACAAAUGGAGGAAAAGAUGACCAUCUUGCCUCCUUGUACAAGGUGCCCUGUGACCUGCACUCCUGCUCUCCACCAGCGAGUCCAACCCACCCCUACAGGGCUCAGACAGCCACAACGAGACCCCCUGGCGCUGUGCCUGCUCUCACACCUCCUGCACCACUCCCUGUCCCAGGACCACUGUACUUCUGCCUGUAUUGAACCCUCUGCACUGACUGUUUACGAGCCCCUCAGCCCCUGGACCCUUCCUGCCCUUGUCAGCCUCCCAGGGAUGGGCUCUGCCCACGAUGGUGACAGCCCAGAGUCUGCCAAGGCGCCUCUUUCCUCCACAGCCUGCAGGAAAUAGAGACAAAUUGAAGCUGCUUUAAUGCCACUGUUCUACUCUGCUCCUCUUCCUGUGCACUGCUGUCAUCACCCACCAGCCCUUGUGUGAGCUGUCCCUUGUGUGAGCUAUGAACACCCAUCCAAAACAAUUCAUUAAGAGGCUAAACCUUCCUCAAAUGCACUGUAGUGCCAGGAAACAUCUGGAGAAAUCACUAAAAGAAAAAAAAGACAAAGAAACAUGAAGCCCAGAAAAAACCCCAGCCAUCUUCUGAUGCCACCAAAAAGACCAAGAGGAAGCUCAGGGCUGGGUGUUUCAGGAUGGGGUGCCAGGUACAGUGUGGCCAGCCUGGAUCUCCAGCUGGGCUUUGCCAGUUGUUGGUGGCAAGUGGCACAUCCCAUGGCCCCAGAGUCACCUGCCGUUCCUCAAAGCCAUUUUGCUCAGCAUGGCCUGCAUUCUCCAACUUUCUUCCCGUUUAGGGGCUUAAUUGGAAUUAUGCUGCUCUUCCUUUUUUCCCCCUCCAAGAAGGCUCUUUGCUGGAAGAUGUAUUUUGAGUGUAAAGGUAACAGGACCUGGAACAGAUCCUCAGCUAAUUAGGUGUAAUGGGCACUCUCAUUAGUGGAGGGGAGCUGCUGGUUUCUGUCAAUUAGGCUGGGAGGCCACGCUGUGGUGUUUGACACGCGGGCAGAUGCAAAAUGCUGUUUGUGUUUGUGGCUCCCUGGUGCUCUGCAGCCAAACCAGGGCUGUGCAGGCAGCUCUGCUGGUUUUGGUGCUCUUUGGAGGUGCUCCUUAGUGGUGCUAGAACUGAAGUCCCUGUGUGCCCACCACAACCCCAAAUCUGUGGACAGAUUGGUUUUUAAUACAUCUUUGUAAGCUGGUCACGGGGACUGAAGAGGAAAUACUUGAUCCAUCAGAUAUCUGUGCCUUCCUUAUCUUUAUCACUUUUACUGCAUCCUCCCACUUUCUUUCCCACAGCACAAGGACCAGAAACUUCUAUGAACGUGCUUUUUCUUCUUUAUUUUUUUUAGGUGUUUUAUAGUACUAAAAGGGAUUCAAAGCAGCAGGGAUGCUCCUGGAACUGAGUAGGAAAAUAACAAUAAAAAAAAGAUACUAGAAAAAGGUUGUGAUUUAUCAUCUCUUUCCUGGCAUGGGGCUGAGCUGUGCCUGUGUGUCCUGUACAGACAGAGCUUUGCAGGGAUGAGUGUGUGCUCUGCAUGUCUGGUAGGCUCAGCUCAGAGGCAGUAUUUAGUCCUGAGGGAUGUUUGUCAUUUGAAAGUACUCUUUCAUUUAGGUGCAAAUCAAGAUCCAAAGCCUUGCGUGUUAGAAAUCAGCUGCGCUCGUCUAUCGCUGGUACCACUGGAGGAUCUAAUCUGGCAAAGGUCAAUAAAGGUAAAUCAGUUCACAGUC